GAGGGCACUACGCUGAUAUUUCAGUUGAAUCUAUGAGUAAUUACAGAUUGGAUGGAACACUUGUGCUCUUUCACAAGUACGUGAUUGGGGCUGUCUUACCCAAAUAGUAUGCAUGGUCCUUUUAUUGUUUACCUGGUGCUGAAUAACAGAUUGUUCCUACAGUUUACUUAGGGCAGGGGCCCCUAAAUGGAUAUCCUGAUGUUCUAUUGCUGCAGCCAAAGCAAACUUAAACGAUGGGACACACACACAACAUUGAACCAUAAAAUUUCAAAAUGGAGUAAGUGGUUGUGUUAUCUAAUGGUGUGGAAAAUUUGGACCAAAUCUUGCAAAUUGAUGGCAAUGUAGCAGGGACAGCCAAGUAGAAGAUAAACAAUGGGAAGUCAAUAUAGGAAGGUUUACUCAGUGGCACUGGCGUGUACCCUAUGGCUGAUUAAUGGAGGUCUCAUACACGCAUUCUGGACUGCAGACUCUUACUGGAAUGGACGCUAUGGAGCUGAAGGGAUUUCUUAUACCUCAGUUGACACUAGUAAUGGACUAUGGUCUGAUGAUGGCAGUUUGUAUGAACCGUACUUGUACGCUUCAUCAGAGUACAGUGCCACCGCCUGCUCCUGUGACUGUCAAACAGCAGAUUAUGUCCACUCUUGUAGUGGAGCAGUAUCACUUUCAUCACAAACAUUUUCCAACAUAUCAGCAGAAACCUUCACAGGCUCAGUAUCCACACUGACUAUUUUGUCCUGCCCAAGUUUUAAUUUACUUGUAAAUGGAUCAGCCACAUUUGCUGCAUUAACCUCAAUGACAGAGAUGCGAAUCCAGGUUACUGGUCUGACAAGUUUUCCUGAUGUUUCCACUACAAGUCUUCAGAUCUUAAAUCUAGCAAACAACAAGAUAACAUUUUUCAAACACAAUCACACCAACCAAGUAUUUCCCAGUUCUCUGACUCAUGUGGCUUUGAUGAAUAAUGAAAUAUCGUGGGUGCCAGAUGGACUGUUUUCUGGGAGCAACAUUAGAAUCCUAAGCCUGAGUGGGAAUCAGAUCCGUUCCUUUCCGAGUUCUGCAUUUCAUAAUAUGGCCAACUUGGAAUAUUUAGGCUUGGAUGGAAAUUUACUCACAUCUAUCUCCACCUGGCAUUUAACACCCUUGACAACCAGUAACUUGAAACACCUGAAUAUAAGUAAUAACCAGCUGAAUAGUAUUGGACAAAAUGCUCUGGCACAACUCCCAGAACUAAGAAUUUUGGAGGUUCACCAAAAUGAAUUUGUAUCAUUACCAUGGAAGUCAUUCCAUAACAUACCAAAGCUGGUGCAUUUGGAUUUAAACAAUAACAGGAUUCAAACAUUGAACAGCAGAGCACUGACGUCUUUGCCAAAGCUCCAGACUCUAAGACUUCACUCACAGAAAAAUCCAAUGACUGCUAUCAUGUUUGAUGCUUUCGUUGGGAUUGGAGCUGAACUGAGGACACUCUAUGCAGAUCAUAAUUCUAUAAGAGAUGUCACCAUCUAUGGAUCAGAAGGCUUCCCAUCCUACUCCCAGUCCAUGUAUACAGUGAAGAAAGUGGGCAAGAUUCCAUUCCAGAAUGUUACUGCCGUCAGAUCACUAUAUCUUGACAGCAAUUUGAUUGCUCAAGUGAAUGAGACAGACUUCUGUGCCAUGUUCAAUCUGAGCCUACUGUCCAUGAACUACAACCAGCUAACGGAGGACACCAUUCAUGCAAAUGCCUUCCAAUGCCUGCAAGAUUUAAGUUAUUUGUAUCUUGAUUCAAACCAGAUACAGUAUGUUCCUGAAGCUGUGAAAUAUGCUACAGUGCUGCCUUCUAUAUCCUUGCUUGAUAUGAACAGUAAUAAGAUUACCUUCUUGUUGUCUGGGACAUUUUCUACUUUGACAACUCUAAGGACACUGGGGCUUGCUUCAAAUGAUAUAAUAUCCAUCGAAAAUGGCACUUUUCCAAUGACAAUAAAAUAUCUGUAUUUACGGAACAAUGACUUCCGCUUUCUCCAUGAAAACCCAUUCACCAAUCUGGCCAAUCUGUCCACCCUUGACCUACAAUCAAAUAGUAUCCAGGUCAUCCCAGAGACAGCUUUUGAUGGCUGCUACAGUCUGAGAAACCUUGACCUGGGAUCAAACCAAAUAGGACGGAUAUUGAAAACCCACCUAGAGGAUAACCCACUGGAUAGAAAGUUAGACUUGAGUAAUAAUGAUAUUGCUUACAUAGAAGAUAGAACACUUGCCCAUGUGACCAGUAUGAGCUAUAGCCUAGACCUAAGCAACAAUAAAUUGACCAGUCUUCCCCAUGGGGGUGACUUUCAUGACUUGACCAUUGGUUUAUACUUUAACCUUGACAACAACCGCAUCACUUCCAUACCAACAGGAAUGUUUAAAAAUUUGAGGGUGUCUUCAUUUGACAUGAAUCUAAGAAAUAAUAAGAUUGCCAUAAUUGAACAGGAUGCCUUCUCCUCUGUGUCUGUUGGUCAAGAUUUAAUAUUCAACAACAACCCCCUGAAAAUUAUUAAAAGCUAUGGAUUUAAUACUACAUCAUGCAGGGAUUUUUUCAUGAACAACGUAGGGUUAAAAACUGUUGAAACCAGGGCUUUUAUUGAUGUCAGCACAAGCAGAGACUUUCAGCUUAAUGACAACAGCCUCGGAGCACUACCAUCUUAUACCUUCAAUGGAUUAUCUGUUGGAAGGGACAUGUAUCUUGAUCAGAGUAGCAUUACAGAACUUGGAAGUGAAGUGUUUGGUACAGGAUCUUCUAUAUCAAACAUUCUACACCUACAGAACAACCAACUGGUCCAACUGGCAGCAGACGUCUUCACUGGCAUUACAUUUACACGUCUGGAUCUAUCAGAUAACCUUCUGGUGUCAUACCCAGGGGCUGCUCUGUCAGCACUGACUUUGACAAAAUUAGAUAUGCCAAGAAAUCAGAUCUCUGACAUCCCAGAUGGCUCCUUUGCAGGACAAUCCAGUCUCACUUCAUUGGAUUUAUCUGAGAAUAGAAUUGCAGUUUUGAGAGGCACAGUUUUAUCACCUUUGACCAGUCUAGCUACACUCAAACUUCAGAGAAAUCUUAUUGAGAGGAUUGAGGAUGGAGCCUUCAAUGGUUUGAAUUCACUGGCAACUUUAAGACUAGGUAACAACUUAAUUCCCCACCUGCCCAGUUUUGAUGGGCUGACCAGUCUGGCCACAGUGGACGUGUCUGAUAACCAGAUCAAGACACUAGGAAUGGGUCAGAACGGAACCUUCUACCUACUUGUAGAUCAAGCAUUGAAUACUGUAGAUUUGUCCAACAACCCACUAUCAUGUGACUGUUAUACUUACCACUCUCUGUCCAUGGUUGCCAACAAGUUGACUUCAGCCAGGUGUGCCAGCCCUAAUGAAACAAUAGGAUAUGGGUUUGAUUCAGCUGCAUCUCUCCAGUACACAGAUCUGAGUUUAGAGAAUUAUCAGUGUUCUGCAGUCAAUGUGACGGCCAUUGCCCCUGCAGCUUAUCAGAUACAGGUGGACUGGAACCACCCUCCCUUCCUGUACCCUGGCCAGGCAGCUGGGGACAGGAGCCAGUGGCUUUAUCUUGUCACCUGUGAGAGUGCCAUCGCCAGCACUUUAAACAGCAGUGUGUCUGGCAGUUCCCCUCCCCAGGCUUUGUUUGUAGAGGCAGAUGGUGUGCAACUGGGCACAGACUACAUAUGCCAUGUUCAGUUACAGUAUCAGGGGAUUACAAGUGGCUUCAGUUCUCCUGCCUAUGUCACCACAACUCUUGCAUCUCUAGGGGAUUCUGGUGCCCAAGUCCAGGAUUACAUUGUCAUCUCCACAUACUAUGACUUCAGCCUAGUGCACACUGAUUUCACUGGCACAAGUACCACUGCUGUAACACAGCCAAGAUAUGUUGCCAGUCCAUAUGGUGCCUGGCCAGCCAUGUCCACCAAUCCAACACUGGACACUUACUCAGACUGGUUCAGGAAGGUGGCCGGUACCAAUGUUGAGGUCCAUGUUAACAUGACCCUGUCCAGUCAGGCUGGUGCUGCUGUACCCACUCACAGGUUCCACUCCUCUGCCUUCUUCCCUCUAGAUGGUGUUGGAUAUGGAGCAGAGGGACAGAGAGACUGCAACAAUGUGCUCCAUAAUUUUGGUUUCACUACAGCCAUCAGGGCAGGGUUUGAGUUCACAGGAGAGGAAACUUUCACCAUAGCUGGUGGGGAAGAUAUCUGGCUGUACCUUAAUAAAGUACUAGUCCUGGAGAUCACACUGAAUACCACUGCCAGCAGUGUAGUAUGUAAGAAAGUGAACAUCUCAGCUGCCGCUUCUUCAGGAGGAGGGAAUACAGUAGUGGAGCAGGGGAUAUUAGUUGGUACACAGUGCACUAACCUUGUAACAGUUGCCACUGAAGCAGUCCACUUAGAACUUCAGGUUGGUGAGCUCUACCACUUCGACCUAUUCCAUGUAGAGCGGAGACUAUGUACAAGUCAGUUGUUUAUUGAGACCACAUCAGCUGUGAUAGUGGACGAUGUCCCCCCAGUGGACUAUACUGUGACCAUUGCUGAAGACUUCCAUGUGGAUGGCAUACUGACUGCUAUGGCACUAACUGAUGAUUUCUCUUCUGGGCCAAAUUAUGAAAUUUCUCUGCUUAGUGGUAAUGAGGCCAGACAUUUCACAAUCAAGGAGGAUACUUCGGCCAAUCAGGCUGCUGCAGUAGCCCCAACAGAAGCUUCCCCCACAUACACCAACAUAUCUGGGGUGCCAGUGGAAUUCCUGGUAUGUCCCACUGCUGCCACCUUUGAACCUGAACCAGUGUUUACAGACCGAGAGAGCUACACUCUGUCCACCACAUCUGCUCUGCUCACUCUCAAUACAACCCUGGACUAUGAGGUCCAGACCAGUUAUUAUGUUACCAUGACUGUGGUAGACACUGGGAACUCGCUGACUGGGACCAUAGCAGUCAGGGUGUGGAUAACUGAUGUAAAUGACAACUGUCCAAUCCUGGUAGAGGAUACCUUCAGUUUUGAGCCUAUUCCAGCUCUGAAGCAAGACCCAAUUAUCAACCUGAAUGUUUCGGAUGCUGAUAGUGGAAUUAACUCUGAGCUGUCAUAUUAUGUGUCAGAUGUCACGGCAGAUCCACCACUCAAUUAUUCAAACCGCAUGGAUUUGCACAGAGAGGUUUAUGUCCUCAACACCACACUGACCUUCAAUAUAGCAGUUAUAGAUGGCGGCACACCACCAAGAGGAACCACAGCCAAUGUAUCUUUGACUUUAAGCAACACUUGCCUAGUGUCGGCAACAUUUGAACCAAUUGAUUACAACAUCAACAUCAAUGCCACCACAAAAGAAGUUUAUCUUAGUAUACCUAAGUAUUGGGUCUAUGCAUUUGAGUGCAUGGAUCUGCUGGGGAUGGCCAGUGGCAUCAUACAAGACAGAGUUCUCUCAGCCUCAAGUCAUGACUACGUGAGCCCGCCAGGAAGAGGAAGGUUGAACUUGACACUUGGUACUGGUGGUAUAACAGGAGGUUGGGUAGCUGAGAUAGCUGACACUGACCAGUACAUAGAGAUAAACAUGGAGGAAGGGUACAAAGUCCAACAAAUCAUGAUACAAGGACAACAGGAUCAGGACAACUGGGUGACAUCAUUUCGUGUCAACUACAGUGACAGUGAUACAGGACCAUGGAUAACAUAUCAGGAUCAGAAUGGCACAUCAGUCAAGUGCAUGGAUCUGCUGGGGAUGGCCAGUGGCAUCAUACAAGACAGAGUUCUCUCAGCCUCAAGUCAUGACUACGUGAGCCCGCCAGGAAGAGGAAGGUUGAACUUGACACUUGGUACUGGUGGUAUAACAGGAGGUUGGGUAGCUGAGGUAGCUGACACUGACCAGUACAUAGAGAUAAACAUGGAGGAAGGGUAUAAAGUCCAGCAAAUCAUGAUACAAGGACAGCAGGAUCAGGACAACUGGGUGACAUCAUUUCGUGUCAACUACAGUGACAGUGAUACAGGACCAUGGAUAACAUAUCAGGAUCAGAAUGGCACAUCAAUCUUUGAUGCAAAUAGUGACAGAAACACUAUUGUGACUGUGACCCUUACUCCACCUAUUUUUGCUCAGUACCUGCGUUUGAACCCAGUCACAUGGCACAACAGAAUAGCACUGAGAAUGGAGAUGGUUGGCUGCUCACAGGCAGAGCAGAAGUACUAUGAUGUGUCCUGUGUCCGCUGCCUGACCUCCUACUACUGUGAGGGAGAUGGUGUGAUGCAUUCCUGUGCCAGAUGUGAUAAUGCCACAGACACCAAUGAUACGUGUGGACGAUCCCCCACAGAACAUUCCUUUGGCCUCCAGGCACAGUGCUCUCCAUGUCCUGCUGGAUGGAUUUGUAGUCAAGGCUAUGCCACACCAUGUGUUGAUUUCACCUAUGUAGACUACUGCAAUGACACCUAUUGUCCAGAUAGUUGUGCACAGUGUGAACUUGGCUAUGCCUGCCGCGGCGGACAGAGAUACCAAUGUGAACCUGGUUCUUACUCUGAUGGAAAUCUAAAGUUCUGUGAGAUGUGUGCUCCUGGGACUUUCCAAAAUGAGUCAGGUCAAGAUGGCUGCCUCCCCUGUGACCCUGGAAAAUACAGCAGCAAGUCUAAAGACAGAUGUGACUGGUGUCCUACAGGAAUGUAUGCAGUGGGUAAGUCUAUAGACAGUUGUGACUGGUGUCCUACAGGAAUGUAUGCAGUGGGUAAGUCUAUAGACAGUUGUGACUGGUGUCCUACAGGAAUGUAUGCAGUGGGUAAGUCUAUAGACAGUUGUGACUGGUGUCCUACAGGAAUGUAUGCAGUGGGUAAGUCUAUAGACAGUUGUGACUGGUGUCCUACAGGAAUGUAUGCAGUGGGUAAGUCUAUAGACAGUUGUGACUGGUGUCCUACAGGAAUGUAUGCAGUGGGUAAGUCUAUAGACAGUUGUGACUGGUGUCCUACAGGAAUGUAUGCAGUGGGUAAGUCUAUAGACAGUUGUGACUGGUGUCCUACAGGAAUGUAUGCAGUGGGUAAGUCUAUAGACAGUUGUGACUGGUGUCCUACAGGAAUGUAUGCAGUGGGUAAGUCUAUAGACAGUUGUGACUGGUGUCCUACAGGAAUGUAUGCAGUGGGUAAGUCUAUAGACAGUUGUGACUGGUGUCCUACAGGAAUGUAUGCAGUGGGUAAGUCUAUAGACAGUUGUGACUGGUGUCCUACAGGAAUGUAUGCAGUGGGUAAGUCUAUAGACAGUUGUGACUGGUGUCCUACAGGAAUGUAUGCAGUGGGUAAGUCUAUAGACAGUUGUGACUGGUGUCCUACAGGAAUGUAUGCAGUGGGUAAGUCUAUAGACAGUUGUGACUGGUGUCCUACAGGAAUGUAUGCAGUGGGUAAGUCUAUAGACAGUUGUGACUGGUGUCCUACAGGAAUGUAUGCAGUGGAUGGCAAUAACUGUGAAGGUUGUCUCCCAGGCCAGUGCAGAUGCCUACAGAGCCCUUCUCCAUGCUCUGAGGGAGCUGCUUGUCAUGAUACUUCCCCUGGCAGCUACGUGUGUGAUUCCUGCCAGCCUGGGUAUGAAGGUGAUGGUGCCAACUGUACUGAUAUUGAUGAGUGUGCUGUAUACCAGCCAUGUUUUCAAGGCAGAUGUAUCAAUACAUCCCCAGGGUAUCAGUGCUUGGCCUGCCCCACUGGGUACACAGGCACCUAUGAGGAUGCUCUGGCUAUGAAUAUUACAAGGCGGGUAUUUGUACUGUUUAACAAAGAGUAUGAUUACCUGCAAGUCCAGCGGUGUGAGGAUGUGGAUGAGUGUGCCACAGACAAUGGAGGAUGUGAUGUACAUUCUGACUGCAGCAACACCAUUGGUAGCUACAACUGUGGGUUCUGUAAGACUGGCUGGAUAGGUGAGGGUCGUAGAGUCUGUAUACCAGACAACCCCUGUACCACAGGCACUCAUAACUGUAACCAACAUGCCACCUGCAGCUAUGCUGGACCAGGACUCUUUAAAUGUGAGUGCAACCCUGGCUAUGCUGGAGAUGGUGUGUUCUGUGAUGAGGACUAUGACUUGGAUGGUCGCCCAAUCAGAAAUAUUGUGUGCAGCAUUAGACAGUGUAUUAAGGACAACUGUGCUGCCUACCCCAACAGUGGUUUGGAGGAUAAUGAUGGCGACAGCAUGGGGGACAUGUGUGAUCCAGAUGAUGACAAUGAUGCACUUUAUGACUACAGAGAUAACUGCCAGUUUGUGGCCAACUAUGAUCAGACAGACACAGAUGGAGAUGGUGUGGGUGAUGCCUGUGACAACUGCCCAGCAGACAGUAACACUGACCAGUUGGAUACAGACUCUGAUGGCCAGGGAAAUGCCUGUGAUACAGAUGAUGAUAAUGAUGGUGUGAAUGACUCUGCACCAGAUAACUGUCAGUUUGUAGCCAAUGGAGACCAGAGUGACGCAGACUCCGACGGCAUUGGCGACCUGUGCGACAACUGUGUGAAUGUCGCCAACGACAACCAGACGGACACGGAUCAGAAUGGUGUAGGAGAUGCCUGUGAUGUGAUUGGAGCUAGUGAUAAAGACAGGGAUGGUGACAGCAUAUUGAACUUCCUGGAUAAUUGUCCAUAUGCUCCCAAUCCAGAACAGACAGAUAUAGACGGGGAUGGCCAGGGUGAUAUCUGUGAUGAUGAUAUAGAUGGUGAUGGUAUAUCUAACAACCAGGACAACUGUCCAUAUGUGGCCAAUGCUGGGCAGGAGGACACCAAUGGUGAUAGAGUAGGAGACAUCUGCGAGACAGACACAGACAAUGAUGGAGUACUUGAUAUCUAUGACAACUGUAUAAAGAACCCUACAAUAAGCAGUACAUCAUUUGCUUCCUACACCUCAGUCAACCUGUACCCCUCCCUGUCAGGUGCCACAGACCCCCAGUGGGAGCUCUGGGAUAAUGGUGCCAUGAUCCGACUAGUCCAGGACACCACAAUGCCAGCACUGUUAGUAGGUCCACAGGCCUUUGGUCCUGUAGAUUAUUCUGGCACAUGGUAUGUGGAUUCUGACACAGGGGAGAACUAUGUGGGCUUUGUGUUUGGCUACCAAAACAACCGUAAAUUCUACGUGGUAAUGUGGAGACACGCAAACCUCAACUACAUCUAUAAAGGAGGAAUCAAAGGCUUACAGCUUAAGCUCGUCAACUCCAACACAGGCCCUGGCUCUGGCCUAGCCAAGGCAUUGUGGAACACACAUGAUACCGCUGACAAGGUCACUCUGCUCUGGCAGGACCCUACCAUGACUGGGUGGCAGCACAAAACGUCCUAUAGGUGGCAUCUCAAGCACAGACCCUCCAUUGGACUGAUCAGGGUCACAGUGGUUCAAGGUACCAGUACUAUUGUAGACAGUGGUGACCUCUAUGAUACUACAAUCAGUGGUGGUCGCCUUGGAGUGUUCAUGUUUAACCAGCCAGGUAUUCUGUGGUCCUACCUAGAGUACAAAUGUGCAGACCGAGUCAAUGAGGCACUGUAUUUUGAUGGCACUGAUGAUUAUGUGACCAUGGCUAAUAUCACCACCUUAGAAAUACAUAACAGUUUCACCCUAGAGGCCUGGGUGCUCCUGUCUUCAGGCUACCCCAGUGGUAAGCUCCCUAUCCUGUGUACACUGGACAGUAUACUGUGUAUGUAUGUGGAAGGAGGGGUGUUGAAGGGCACUGUGGGUACCACCACUGCAGUGGGGAGCAAUGUUCUACCUGAUAGCUACUGGAACCAUCUGCUCAUGAGAUAUGAUGCACAGUCAUGGACACUAUCUUUGUUCAUCAAUGGAACUACUUCUCCUAACCCUGAGGCAGAGGUGACAAACAUUGAGCCAGUUACAUGGGCUAUCUACAACACUACAGGAGCUACUGAUAUCUACCUUGGAAGAGAUAGGAAUAGUUAUUUUGCAGGCAUUCUAGAUGAGAUCCGUAUCUAUGACAUCGUGAUCCCAGACUCGGAGCUCGGUGCUCACCUCCAGGAGGCUGGUCUAGUCUGGCAGAGACACCAGGGCUACAUCAACGUCCACUACACCAUGGACAGUAACACUGACACCUCCAUCUUACAGGACCAUGGCCUGCUGGGGAUAAAUGGAGUGGUCAGUGGAAACCCCUUGUUUGUGGAUAGCAUGCUCGAUCACGGUCGCUUUCAGCUCACAUAUCCAUCAAACAGAAGGCGAAGGCGGAGAAGUUUGGAUGAAAAUGGCCACCUUGAAAAAAGUCGCCAUGAAGAACUUUGAAAAUAGGAGACAAUUUGAAGCUGUUUGGCUUUUUGUCAUCAACACUGAUCACCUCUGAUUAAAUAUUUGUUAUGGUUGUUUAUAUUUUCAUAUGUUGGUCUUACAAAAGCAUUCUGAUGGUCUUCAUGCUGGCCAUGGGUAUAGCUUUAUAUUGCAGUAGCAUUUGAAUAUGUUACAGCAGCCAUUGUCUGGUGGCAGCUUGUCUGUUUAGCAGGACUGUGAUACAUUUUCUGCCAUACAAAAAAAAAAAAACAUAUAUAUACAUAUAUAGUGUCAGUAAGGAACAAGAUUAUUU